AUGACAGGAAAUGUUUGCUAUGUUAAUGAUAAUGAUCGAAACAGUAUUUGGCAAGUUAUUUGCUUGUACCCAGCUAAAGGUGAAGUAGCAAAUAUUAGUAUACUUGAAGAUGAUGAUGCAACACUGAAUUCUACUAUUAGAACUGGUAUCUUAAAAGAUGUUGACUCUUUUUGUUUAAAUUAUAAUUUUCUUUUUAGGUUAUCAUUAUGGGUUAAAGCACAUUCCCACCUGCAUGCUCGAGAACUUACUCAAGCAAUAAAUACUUUUAAGCAGCUAGAUAUGAAGACUCAUUUAAGAGAUAACAGUGACGUUCUUGUUUCACUUGGUGAAGCUUACUAUUAUAAUGGAGAUUUUCAAAAUGCCAUGUUAAUAUUAGAGAGGGCUCAUUGUUCUGAUCCCUUGUUAGUGAGAGGAAUGGAUGUUUAUGCAGCACUAUUAGCAAAAGAGAAAAAAAUGAAAGAAUUAGAAAGUUUAACUGCACAUUUGAUCUCCAUUAAUGACAAUGUUCCUGAACCAUGGAUUGCUAUGGCAUACUUCUGUUAUGUGGCAAAGAAAGGUACCAAAGCCGUGAAUUUUGCCCAAAAGGCUUGUGUUCUAAAUCCUCGACAUGUGGAAGCAUUGUUGCUAAAAGGUACUGUGUUGCUUGAAUUAAAAAAAGUUCAAGAUGCAAUUACGAAUUUUGGUGAGGUUUAUAAAAUUGCUCCAUACAGAUAUGAAGCUCAUAAAGGGUUGGUUGAAUGUUAUUUAGCAUUGCAUAGAACCAGAGAAGCAAUUGCUAUUGCCAGCAGUGCCUGUAAACAAUUAGGUCAAACUGCACGAGCUCUAACUCUGUAUGCAUCAGUUUUGACCAAGGAUCCUCUGUCAGCUGACAAGGCUAAAUCACUGCUAGAAAAAGCUCUGAAACAAGACCCAACAUAUCUCAAUGCAGUGUAUUUGCUGGCAGCCAUAUAUGAGCAAGAGAGAUUAUAUGAGAAAGGAAUUGAGCUUCUCAAAAAGCAAAUGGAACAACAGACAUCUUGUAGAUUGCAUCAAAUGCUUGGAGAUUUUCUAGCUCGAACAAAUGAGCAUGAGAAAGCUUUGCAUCACUUUAGCAUAGCUUUGAAUAUGGACCCAUCUAAUCAUAAAGCUGCUGAAGGAAGUCAGAGGGUAGAACAGAAUCCAGAAUCUUCAGAAAGUUUUGAAGUAGAUGAUAUUGCAGAUUCUGAAAAUGAAGGAGAUCUUGAAGAAAGUGAAGUAGAAGCUGUUUGGUCUGAUGUUGAAUACGCUUAAUUUCUAGUUUAUGAUAUUUGUAAAUAUUGCAUAAAUGAAAGAAAAAACAUAUUUCUGUCUGUGUCUGUUCAGUGCAGUAACACUUUUAUUUGCAUAAAAUCUGAAAAUAAAUUUUGAAAUUUAAUUUAUUGCAUA